AUGGACGGCCAGAUGGACAUGAAGAAGUACUACAUGAUGGAAAACGAUAAGCCCGUGGCGAUCCGGUCGUCAUCCGAGCCGUUCUCUGUUGAGGACAUCAAACGAUGUGCUACUUGUCGUGGCUCGCUGAGAGAUCUGUCAAGAUACGGCCGUUUGGUCCGCCGCGCUAUUCUCGACGAGUCGACCAAGAGGUUCCUUCUGUAUCUGAGCCGGGAAUUCGUGCCUCUUGCGCGGGAGCUGCCGCUGCAAAUAGCAGCGACUCUCGAGAACAAGAAGGAGUUGUCGCCAUUGCUACUCCAGGAGCAGAUUACCAUCAACAUCGGCGGUUCUCGCGACAAACAGUUCCGGCAGAUGGCUGAUAUCAUCCAAAAAUACGGCGGAAAUCGUUGGCGAGAAGUCAUCAGAUUGAGAAACCGCAUCAUCCAAUACUACAACACCGUCGAGGAGAAAGAACAGCCCUUGUCCCGUGUGCAAGCCCUUGUGGAGAGCGCACGCAGACGCAAAGGAAGCAGCGGAAGUUUUGAAUUCGAUGGCAGUGUCGUGCAGACUAAGGGGGUAUUCCUCGCAAUUACCCUUCUAAUGCGUCUGGACAUCAGCUUGCUUGGGGACUUUCUAUCGCUCUUUCAGAUCAGUCGUACGGGGUUAAAGAGAUGCAAGGUGCAGAUCAAUCUACAGGCGAUCCAAGAGGAAUGCAGAAAUUUGAUCAAGCGCGCUGGAAAUGCCAUGCGAGUCGCACACGAGGUCGAGGGAUACAUUUUCCUGGCCAAGCUGCAUGCGCUGGAGCGAUCGCAAAGUGAGGCUCCAAAUGUGAGAGAAAAACACGCCGAGCAAGCGCGCGAGGCGAUCGCAACGGCCAGAAAGCUAUGCCAGCGAUACCCCGGCCAGAACAAUGGACUGGGAAGCGAAAUCGACGAGGCGGAAGAGAUGCUCAACAUCGGAACUUUCUACAGCACGGUGACUAGCGAGGAACGUCUGGAGGUCCUUGCUGCGAUGACGCGCGAGUUUCGGGGCACCGGACACUGGUAUUACUGUCAGAACGGACACCCGUUUACCAUUGGCGAAUGCGGGGGAGCGGUGCAAUUAGCUUUGUGUCCGGAGUGUGGUGCGCGUGUUGGAGGACGAGACCAUCGAACCGUGGACGGGGUGACUCGGGCAGAUGAUUUGGAGCGGGCAUUGGGACACUCGAGGAUUUGA